AUGUCAUCCGCAACGGAAUUCUUCCGCAUCCCAGCGGCGGUCAUCCGUCGCGCCGCGCCUCGACUUGGUUCAACCCUCAUCCCCUUGGCCAACCGACCAGCCAUUCCAGGCAAACUGGCUGCCAUCUCUCGCGGGAAACUCCAGCGCGAAACCGAGUCCCAAACGCCAGACCUUCGCCGGUGUCUGGGCCACCACCACAUCUUCCGUCGCUGCGUCGCAGCCGAGGAAGAAGACAACGCUCGUUACCGUCGCGAGACCUACGACGAAGAUGAUCUCGAUGGCGAAUUUCACCAUCACCACUCUUCCACAAGCCGCAACAACUCGGGCUCCACCCCCAUCCGCACCCAAAUCACGAAAGCCGUCAAGGCGAUGGUGCGACGACGC